CGGUAAUAUGGAUUGUGCCUACGCGCGGGACGGAAGUGGCUCUAUGCAGUUCGCUUUUCUACCCGCAUUUAGACGUUUUUGGACCAGUUUUUUAUGAGUUUAGUAUGCUUUGGUGUGCAAAACUUGUUGACGUUUCCGCUGCCAAAUUUCAUCGGCUGACAAAAUUAUUUUGAAGAAGUUACGAUUUCAAUUUCGUCAGCGAUCAUGGACUAACAAAAAGUUAUUGUUGUAGCCGCAAGUUCCUUCACUAACGUAAUAAAAUGCAAGGUGACAUGGAAGCUGUUACUGAACCAGUUGAAGGGCAGGAGCUAAAAGAAACCACUCAAGAAAAUAGUGAUGCGAUGAACAAGGAAGAAAAAAUGGAAGAUACUAAGGAAGGCAAAGAAAAUGUAAUGGAUGUUGCUAAUGAGAAGAGGGCGGAACAGGAAGAAAAUGCAGCCGACCAGCCAAGUCCGAUGGAGACAGGCGGUGGAGACGGAGUCCAAAACAUUCCUCCUGUCAAACCGAACAAAGAAAUCUUACCCAAGCCAAGAAUAAAGAAAGACAGGACUAAGAACAGAAAGCAAGAUGGUGGGAAAAUGGCAGUUGGCAAGAAAAUGAAGAAGGGCAUUUUUAUCUCGUACUCACCGGAUGGAGGCUUCCUUGAACGAAAGCUUGUCUGCGAGACAGUGAAACAGUUCAAAGAGAACGAUUUAAUUGAAGACAUUUGGUUUGAUAAGGAUGAGGAGAAUACCGGAAGUCCGUCGUGGUUUUCACAGCGGAUGGAGGCAGUGGAGAAAUGCCGAGCUGCCAUCUGUUUCUUAUCAUUCAGCUACUUCCAGUGCCCUGUGUCUGUGUACGAGCUCCGUUGCCUCCUUGAGCGACACGUCCCCUCAUCUUCUGCCCCUCCCAAGGUCUUUCUUGUACUGUGUGAGGAUGUGGAGAUUCCUCAACAGUAUAGCAUCUUCCUUGAAGAUCUUGUCAGGCUGUCUCAUCCGAGAUACCAAAGACUAAGUCUUUCGGAGAAAGCCUCGGUCAUCAUCGGCUCCCUGAUGGAGAAAGUCGAAUCCUACGCUUCGAUUUUUGCUCCGCACCUUCCGCACGUACCAGAUUCAGACUACACGGAGGAAUACAAGAAGAAGAAGCUGUGCAAGUGGAGUUCGGACGACCUUCAGAGUUGGCUGUAUCACAUGGGGAUCAGGGAGUUCUACCGGCAGAGUUUUGCCGAAGCGGGCAUGGACGGCUUUCUUCUCAUGUCCAUCAUGGAUCAGGACAUGGCAGCGUUUCUGGGCAUCGACAGCCGCGUGGUCCGGAGGAAAAUACUGCAGCAGAUUAUUGGGAUACUGGAGAAGGAACACAAGGCUCCAGACAGUUGGCAUCUUAGAGCCAGGACUCAGAAGAAUCGUGCUGACAAUGUGUACUUGGUGUACGAUCCGGCUGACGUGAGACUAGCACAGAAUCUUAAACAGGAUUUGAAGAAGAAAAAUCUGCAAGUUUGUUGUCAUGAGAAGCUGGGACAGUCCAAAGAAGAAUUCCUAGCAAUUAACGGCCCCCUCAUAGCCACGGCGAAACACGUCAUUAUCCUCCUGACUGAAGGAGCGACAGCGUCCCCGUUUAUCUUCCAUGAGGUGCUGUUUGCCGACUGGCUGGGGAAGUCUCUGGUGACUGUCAUGUUCAAGAAUGUCUGGCAGAAAAUGCGACCCUCACUAAAAGCAGUGAUAGGUGAAUUUCCAGCCGUAGAUUUUGAGACCAAGAUGUACAGUGAGAGCAUGGACAUACUGGAGCAUCACAUCAAGCCCUUACGCAAGGUGCCUGGAGUUGUCCUGGAGCAGACCUAUCUGAAUCGGAUGAGUGAAGGUCUCAAACCCCUGCAAGUCCUUGCAGCAUCCCAAGGUACAGGUUCAGCAGUGAGCAACGGGUCGUCAGAUGCCAAGGUGUUCCUGAGCUACCAGUGGGACAUGCACAACAAAGUCCAGGAAAUCAAGCGAAUCCUAGAGAACAAUGGCAUCUCAUGCUGGGUGGACAACAGCCCGACCAUCGCACAGCAACGCGGCACUUCGGGAGCCAGCACGCGCAGCAACGCGGCAUCCGCACCGAUCCACUCGGACGCCAUACACGAGACUCUGGAAAGCAACAUCCAGAGAAACAUGAAAUCCUCCACCAUCGUCCUGAGUUGCAUCACGCCGCGGUACUUGCAAUCCGACAACGGCAUCAAGGAUUUGAUGCUGGCGGAGGCACUGCACAAGCCGGUGAUCGCGGUGUUGCUUCGUUUCGUGGCGUGGCCGCCAGACAUGGGCCCGUCGCCUAUCAAGAAACUUCUGGCCCAUGCCAGCCACAUAGACCUGAGCAAUGACAAACUGUUCAAGCAAAACUUUCAUGUGCUGGUGGAAAGGCUAAGGAGAUUCCUGAACACCAAGCAGUGAUCGCGGAGACUCAGUGGUAAGGUUUUUCUUAGGUAAUUUCACUUUAGUAGCAUCGGAGCUACAUGUACAUGUACACAGAUCUCCCAGAUGAUGUACAUAACGUAAUGCUUGUACGAAGUUGUGUUACAUGUGGUGCUGUCAAAAUUUUGGCCUUAAGGGUGCCUGGACACAACUUAGUAUAGUGUGGAGAAGUUGUAAAUACAAAGCAGAUUUAAGGACUGAGUCUUAGGAUAAAGUAUAAGGAACUGAGUGCUGUUCUGUGAUUACCAAUGGCAAGACGUAAAUUAGGCC